AUGAACAAAAUAAUUAUUAUUUUAACCAUUUAUCUUACUCAUAUAAGUAUUGUUGGCUCUCACUGGUUCUGGAGUAGUGAUGAAGAACAACAGGAAGCUUCUAAGCCGCCAAGAAGCCCUAAAGAUCUUGCACCAGUGAUUGGUAUCGAUCUUGGUACAACGUAUUCAUGUGUGGCUAUUUUCAAAUCUUGUCAUGCAGAAGUUAUUGAAAACGAUCAAGGCAAUCGAAUAACACCAUCGUAUGUAACUUUUACACCGAAUGGUGAACGAUAUAUUGGUGAUGCUGCCAAAAACCUUCUUACAUCGAAUCCUCAGAAUACAAUAUUUCAUAUGAAACGAUUAAUUGGUCGUAAUUUUGAUGAUCCAUCCAUACAGAAAGAUUUAAAAUAUUUUCCAUUUUCCGUGUUCAGAAAGGAUGAUAAACCAGUUGUGAAAGUAAAAACUGCGUCAGGUGAUAAAUUAUUUACUCCCGAAGAGAUUUCAGCAAUGGUACUUGGUAAAAUGCGUGAGAUCGCUGAAACUUAUCUUGGUAAAAAAGUGAAAAAUGCUGUUGUGACUGUACCUGCUUAUUUCAAUGAUGUACAACGGCAGGCAACAAAAGAUGCUGGUACAAUAGCUGGUUUGAAUGUUGUAAGAAUUAUUAAUGAGCCAACAGCAGCAGCCAUCGCAUAUGGUCUAGAUAGAUUGAGAAAAGAAGAAGGUUCCAAGAAUAUUCUUGUUUUCGAUUUGGGUGGAGGAACAUUUGAUGUUUCACUUUUAACAUUUGAAGAUGGUACGUUUCAAGUACUUGCUACUAAUGGUGAUACACAUCUAGGCGGUGAAGAUUUUGAUUUGCGUGUUAUGGAGUAUUUUAUUCAUUUGUUCGAAGAGAAGACUAACAAAGAUGUACGAGGCGAUGUUCGCGCUUUACAAAAACUUCGUCGUGAAGUCGAAAAAGCCAAACGAACAUUGUCAACAGAAAUUGAAACAAAAAUUGAAAUUGAAUCAUUUUUUCCCAAUGAGGAUUUUCAUGAAAAACUGACACGCGCUAAAUUCGAAGAUCUUAACAUGGAUCUAUUUCGUUCGACACUAAAGCCUGUUCAAAAUGUUCUUCAAGAUGCUGGUCUGAAGAAUGCUGACAUUGAUGAAAUAAUUCUCGUUGGUGGAUCGACAAAAAUACCAAUGAUUCGCAAAAUUAUCAGAGAAUAUUUUAAUGGAAAAGCACCAUCACAUAAUAUCAAUCCAGAUGAAGUAGUCGGUGAGCAAAAGCUGAAUGAAAAUAAGGAAAUUUUAUAUUUAUAUCCUGACUAUAACUUUGUGUUUGUUACAGCUUAUGGUGCGGCUAUACAAGGAGCAAUUCUAUCCAAGGAAGAAUGUACUCAAGAUAUUGGCUUAUUAGAUAUAUGUCCAUUGACCAUGGGUAUUGAAACGAAAGGUGGGGUUCUGUCGACGAUUAUUCCAAAAAAUACGGUAAUACCAGCAAUAAAGACGGAAGAUUUUACAACAACAGUCGAUCAUCAAACAUCAGUUAGCAUUCAAGUGUUUGAAGGUGAACGAUCGAUGGCAAAAGAGAAUCAUUUUUUGGGUGAUUUUGAGCUCACUGGUAUUCCACCAGCACCAAGAGGGCAAGCGAAGAUUGCUGUUACUUUUCACAUUGAUGUCAAUGGUAUUCUCGAGGUCACUGCUGAAGAUAAAGAUGGAAGAAAUAAGAAAACCAUUGUUAUUAAUACAGAUAAAAACCGUUUAUCAUCCAAUGAAAUUGAUCGAAUGAUAAAAGAAGCAGAAAAAUUUGCAGAACAAGACAAAAAAUUCAGAGAUCAAAUAAAUGCGAGAAAUAAUCUCGAAUCAUAUGUCUAUUUUGUGAAAAAUCGAGUGGCCAAUAACAAGGAACUAUCUGAUAAGCUAUCAUCGGCAGAUAAGAAGACAUUAGAAAGUUCUAUUGAAGAUCAAACCAAAUGGCUUGAAUUGAAUCCAGAUGCUAAAAUAGGUCAACUUCGAGUACAUCUAAAGCAAUUCCAGGAUAUUGUGAAACCAAUCAUGGAUAAAUUGUUGAUAGAUACCGCAAAUUUAGGUGGCAAUUUAAGAUCUUCGAAUCAAUCUCAUGAUGAUUUGUAA